CUGAGUUUUGUUUCUAACUGUGUUGUGGUGCCCAGGUGAUGAAGAUGGAGACAGGAGAUGAAAUUGCUAUUGUGGGAAUAGCAUGCAACUUUCCCGGAGGUGAAGGAAUUGACAAUUUCUGGAAAGUGCUGGAGGAAGGCAAAAACUGCACAGUAGAAAUCCCCCCCGAGAGAUUUAAUACCGAAGAGUGGUACGAUCCAGACAGUAACAAGCCAGGAAAAAUGUAUACAACACGAGCUGCUCUUCUCAAUGAAUUUAACGCUUUUGACAACCACCUGUUUGGAAUUAAUAAUGUGGAAGCUGAAAGCAUGGAUCCACAACAGAAAUUACUUUUAGAAUGCACAUAUAAAGCGCUAGAGGAUGCAGGAGUCCCUGUAGAAGCCAUCAGUGGCACCAAAACAGGUGUUUUUGUUGGCCUUAUGAAUCGAGACUUUCAAAUCCUAAGAAGCAAAUCAGUAAGUGAAAUAAAUCAUUAUGCUGGUACAGGAUCAGCAAUGAGCAUAGCUGCUAAUAGGAUCUCCUUCACGUUUAAUCUGACUGGACCAUCGCUGACAAUUGACACUGCUUGUUCAUCAUUUCUUUUUGCCCUGCAUUACGCCUUGCGAGCAAUUAAAUCAGGAGAUUGUGAGGCAGCUAUUUGCGGUGGUGUGAACAGCAUAAUAGAUCCCCUCACCUUUGUGUCUCUCAGUAAAGCAAAAAUGAUCUCUCCAGAUGGAAUGAGUAAACCCUUUUCCAAAAAGGCAGAUGGCUACGGAAGGGGAGAAGGCUGUGGUGUUGUUUUCCUCAAACCACUGAAAAAGGCGAUGGAAGACCACAGCAAAAUCUGGGGUGUUAUAAACGUCAGUGCAGUCAAUCAGAAUGGUAGGUCUAUAACGCCAAUCACAAGGCCGUCUCAAAUAGAGCAGGAGAAGUUACUGCGCAGCGUUUAUGAAGAUCAUGUAGAUCCCUCAGUUGUGCAGUACAUUGAAGCCCACGGGACGGGAACUGCUGCUGGAGACCCCACGGAAGCUGAGAGCCUCGGUAAUGUCAUUUGUAGAAACAGACCUUCACAAGUUCCUGCUCUGAAAAUUGGUUCGGUGAAAGGAAAUAUUGGCCACACUGAGUCAGCUGCUGGAGCAGCAGGUUUGAUCAAAGUGCUUCUGAUGAUGCAUCAUGGGAAGAUUGUUCCAUCUUUGCAUUACUCAAAGGAGAUGAGCAGCAUCGAUACAGAGAAGCUAAACCUUGCCAUUCCCACCGUGGUGGAACCCUGGGAAGAUUCCGGUGAGUAUGGAAGAGUAGCUGGCAUCAACUGCUUUGGAUUUGGAGGAACCAAUGCCCAUGUUGUAGUCAGGCAGGUUAAGCAGCCAGAGCCUCUUCCUGCCUUUAAGAGGCCGCUGGAAUUAGUCCUGCUGUCCGCAGCAUCAGCUAAGUCCCUUCAGAUGACAAUGGCAGACACAGCUGCACAUCUGAGUACAAGAAACCGUGUAACUCUCCCAAGCCUGGCCUAUACAUCUGCCUGCAGAAGAAGCCAUGUAAACCACAGGUACCGAAAAGCAUUUGUGGCAAACUCUCUCCAACACUUGCAGCAAGAAGUUAUGUCAGCAGCUAGCACUGACUUUACCACGUCAAAGGUGGAGCCUCAGCUGGUGUUUGUGUUCUGUGGCAACGGCGUAACACUGAAGGAGUUCAGUGAGGCACUGCUGAGCUCAGAGCCGGUGUUCAGAGACAAGUGUAAGGAAAUAGAAGCGCUCUUUCAGAAACACGCUCCCAUCAGCCUUCUGCCAGCAAGAGGUCGCAGCUCAAAGGAGUUGCUGAAUCCAGAACUCUCCCAGCCCAUGCUUUUUGCCCUGCAGGUUGCCUUAGCUUCUCUUCUGAAGUACUGGGGCAUUAAGCCGGUCGCUGCAGUUGGCCAUUCCGUGGGGGAAAUUGCUGCAGCACAUUUUGCUGGGUACCUUUCCCUGGCAGAUGCGGUCAAAGUGAUAUAUCACCGGAGCAGGCUGCAGGCAAAGACUGCCAGGGGCGGAAUGCUGGUGGUUGGAAACAUCCCUGUUCAAGAGAUUGCUGAACAUCUGCAUCGCUACUCGGGAAGGGUGUGCAUUGCAGCUUUCAACAGCCCAGUUUCCUGCACCUUGUCUGGAAAUCCAGAUGAUGUGGACUUGGUCCAGAAAGAUUUAGCAGAAGCUUUCAGCCACAGAAACAUCUUUCUUCAUGUUUUAAAUGUCCCAGCUGCCUACCACAGCCCUAGCAUGGAUGUGAUACUUGGGGAGUUGGAGCAGAGCAUAGAGCUUGAAAAACAGAAGGGUGACGUUGAAGUAAUUUCAACACUGACCGGGGCAGCUGCUUCUACAAAUGACUUCACUCGUGGCAAAUUCUGGGCCCAGCAUACUCGUGAGCCAGUUGCUUUCACUCAAGCCAUAGAAACUGCAGCUAGAGACAGGGAAAAUGUGGUGUUUGUUGAAAUAAGUCCUCAUAGAACAUUGCAGCGAAAUAUAAAAGAGACUCUAGGGAAAGUCACUAAGGUUUUCCCUUCUUUGCAGUCUGAUGCAGAGUAUCAGGCACUCUUUAGUUUGGUAGGAAAUCUGUUUGAAUUGGGCUAUAAUCCCAACUGGCAGCACUUUUAUGAUGGAUAUCAAAGUGUUCCAGUGACCAUUCCACGGUAUCAAUUUGAUCGUCAAAGAGCUGUGGCCUCUCUGGAUACCCGUCAACAAGCAAACCAAAGAGACGUUGGCUCUGGUCAUCCUUUGAUUUAUGUCAUCAACAGUGACAACACGCAGUUUGGCUGCCUGCUCUCCCAGGACACCACAUCCUACUUAUAUGAGCACAAGAAUAAUGGUGUGGCUUUAGUUCCUGGUGCUUUUUAUGUGGAGCUUGGUCUGGCUUGUGUGAUGAGCAGCUCAGGACCUAAAAUGCCUCUGAGUGCUUGCCAGAUGAGCAUCAGUUUUUCAGCGCCGUGUGUUCUCGCACAGAGUUCCCAAGUCUUGAAUAUCAAGCUGAGUCCACAAAAAGCAGCGACAGCCUUUGAGAUACUCUCUUCCUCCAACGCAGUUUAUGCUUCAGGCCAAGUUAGAAAGGUGCCUGAGGCUGUUGUGGAAGAAAGCACCAUCUCCUUCCAAGAGGUCUAUCACAGAUGCACGUCAGUGAUUAGCACAGAGAAGGUCUAUGAAGCACUGUCUCAGAUUGGCUUUCAGUAUGGCUCCAUAUUCAGGCAGCUCAGGGAUGUGCAUUAUUGCCAGGAACUAAAGGAAGCUAUAACAAGCAUCAAAGUGAACAAGGAGACUCUCAGAGAGAUGUACAGCUACUGUAUCCACCCGGUGCUGCUGGACUGUUUUAUGCAGAUGACUGCUGUCAUGAUCUCGAGCACGCGGCAGUCCAGAGCAGGCUUUCCUUCAGGGAUAGGCAGCCUGGUGGCGCUGCGACCUCUGGAGGAAGAAAUGAUGAUAUAUAUGAGAACAAGCAAAUCCAUUGGGAACUGCUUUGAGGUCUGUGGAUGCUUCAUGGACAAACAUUGGGGUCCGUUUUUGGCUGAACUCAAGCGUGUUGCCAUCACUUUCAUGAAACCAGUGUCUUCCAGAGACAAUGAGUUCAUGUUUGAAAACAAGUGGUCAGAAGUUUCUCCGUCAAAGAUGAUUGGUCAUGUAGAAGCAGUGCCUAGAGUCCUGGUGUUUUGCACAAAUUUUGGGAUAGCUGAGCAGCUCAGAAAAUAUUUGCAUCCUGAUUCCAGAUAUGUUAUGUAUGAAGACUGGGAAUCCCUCUUGGAAGUCCACGCAGGGAAUAAGAUGAAAGCAGAAGUUGAGGAUUACGAUGACGUUCUCUUCCUGUGGGGAAUUCAAAAGGUGAAUGAAGAGUUCCCAAGUAAAGUUGUCGACCAGCUCUCCAAGUGUUGUGAAGCCUAUCGCCAAGUUAUCGUGGCGUUAAGAGAGAAAAGUUCUCACUGUUCAGUCCGAGUGAUCAGCUACAGAACAACAGAAAGAAAUGUAGACCACAUUAACUGUGGGUUUGCAUUGCAGGGCAUGACCAGAACUUGUGUUGUUGAAGUUCCAGAAAUCACGUUUCAGAUAAUUGACCUCAGCUCUUCCAGCUCCCUGGACAUCUCAGCAUUAUCAGAUGUCCUUGUCAAAUACAGAGGUAAGGAUUAUCCGGAAGUCUACAUCAGCCAAGGAAGAAUUUAUGCAUCUGAAAUCAAACGCACUCCUUUUGUAGAUGAAGAUUACAGCCAGCAUGUAAGGUCUCUCCAGAAUUCAGAAACAUUCACUUUGUACACUGCCGAUCCGUACUCAGCAAAAGACUUGUCCGCUGAACUAUCCACCAGCACUGCUACUCCGCUGGAAAAUCAAAGUGUUGAGAUUCAAGUGGACAAGAUAUGUAUCCACUCUGAAGAUUAUUUUCCCAUUAGUGUUUCUAGUCGUAACUUUGGUAAUACACUCUACUGGAAUUCCCAAGCAGCAGACAAACACAGACUUUUAGCUCUUGAUUUCAGUGGCACAGUCACAGCAAUAGGCACAGCUGUGAAAAAGGUUAAAGUGGGUGAUCACGUGGUUUCGUGUUAUCCGGCAGCUGCAUCAUCCAGAAUUCAGGUCCCGGGAACAGUUUGUUUAAAUGUAAAGAAAUUUCCGUGCUUUCAGAGCGUCCCUUGUGUGUCCUACUUCAUCAUUGCAUGGGAGAUCUUAAAUCAGAGGUUACCCAAGGGGAAGCACGGCAGAACUUUGGGUAUUAUUUCUACAGAACCAUCAUCGGUCUUAUGCCGUGUUCUUUCUGUGGCAGCAGAAGAGGUGGGCUGGAAAACAGUACUUGCAAGGCCCACUCCUGAUAUGUUGCAGCAUAUAAAUGCAUGCAAUGCCCUUGUUGUUCUUCCUCCAGUAGGCAGACUAUCCCAGGAAGAUCUGGCACACAUGUACUGUCUGAAAGAUGUGGUGAUAGUAUGUGGCCAUCAGCAAUCGGAAUGUAUUCAGAACAUCAGUGGACUUGAUCAUGAAAAUAUCAGCUUUCAUAUCCUCAUCCUUAGCAGUAUCUUCCAGAAGGCAUCUCUGAAGGAACUCCAAAAGGCUGUGCAAGUGUGGAUUGGUUCUUUAGAUAUGAAACGGUUUAGACAUCUUCCAGGCUCUGUCUUCCAGCAAACUGAGAACUUUGAAAGGCUGCAGUCUGUGAUGUGCUCUUUUACCUGCAGAUCUGUCCCACUUGCUGUACUGAGAAAGCAGAAGGACAUCCCUGUUCUUUCAGAUAUCCCACUGUAUGAAACUGAGAAGAAGAUAUUUAAGCCGAAUGCUGUUUACGUAGUAGCUGGGGGGCUCACUGGCCUUGGCUUUGAAACUGUGAAAUUUAUAGCAGCGAAUGGAGGAGGAUGUAUUGCAAUACUCUCCAGGAAAAUUCCGAGCAAGGAGAAACAAGAAGAGAUGAAGGAUUUGCAGCUGAAGUAUGAAGGCAGCAAAAUAGUGUCUGUGCAGUGUGACAUUACUUUGACCAGCGAUGUUGAGGAAGCUUUCCAGAUCAUUGUAAAAUUAUUUGAAGGGUGUCCAAUCAAAGGUGUCUUUCAGAGUGCUGUUGUUUUACACGAUGGUCGUCUUGAAGUUCUGAAGUUUGCUGACUUUCAGAGAGUGCUAAGCCCCAAAGUGGCAGGGACCCUAAAUCUUCAUCGAGCUACAAGAGGCCAACAGCUUGACUACUUUGUGUGCUACUCCUCUGUUACUUCCUUUCUCGGAAACUCCACACAGGCAAACUACGCAGCUGCAAACUCUUUCCUGGACGUCUUCUGCCUCUACAGGAGGAACUGUGGUCUUUCGGGCCAAUCCAUUAACUGGGGUGCUUUGAACCUCGGUGUAUU